AUGAAGAGCUUUGCUCCAUUAUCUCUGGACAUGCUCAAUCUCUUAAGCUUUCCUCCCUUUGCCUUGAUUGUUGGUUAUAUAAUCUACCUACUGAUAAGCAAGAGAGACGAUAGUACUGUGCCUGCGUCUUAUCCGAUUGUGGUUUCAUUGUUUGCCUUCUUGAAGAACCGAAGCAGGCUCUCAGGAUGGCUGACGGAGCUUCUCGAACACGCUCCCUCUAACACCAUCACUUUUCAUCGCCCCGGAAUAAAGGUGGUUAUCACGGCCGAUCCAGGCAAUGUGGAACACAUUCUCAAGACCCGUUUUGAGAAUUACCCCAAGGGCAACUAUUUCAGGCUACUUUUGCACGAUCUGCUCGGAACCGGCAUUUUCAACGCAGACGGCGCUCCCUGGAAAUUGCAGAGGCGAGUGGCCAGUUACGAAUUCAGCACCAACUCUUUGCGCGACUUCAUUGCGGAGAGCGUGCAUAGCGAGAUCACCAAUCGCCUUCUCCCACUACUCAGAAAAUCCGCUGUCACUAACCAGGAGGGGGAGAGUCGGCUCGAUAUGCAGGACGUCUUCAAGCGAUUUGCCUUCGACAACGUAUGUCACGUGGCGUUCGGCAUGGACCCCGCUUGCCUCGACAUUUCUCUCCCCCUCUCAGAAUUCGCAGAGGCCUUUGAUGUCGCCACGAAUUUGAGCCUGAAAAGAUUCAUGGAUCCUCUGCUCUACCUGUGGAUGCUCAAGCGCAUCUUCAACGUCGGCUCUGAGAAACGCUUACGCCGGGCAGUCCACUUCAUUCAUAGCUUUGCGCAAGACAUUAUCGAGGCGAGGAGGAAAGAUGUCUCUCCAUCCCAAGGAUCACGGCGUCAAGAUCUCCUGUCCACAUUUCUUCUCCUCCACGAAAGUGCUAUCGCUGCAGCAGAAAAGGCUUCGUAUGAUGUUUUCCUCAGAGAUAUUGUAAUAAGUUUUAUCUUGGCGGAGAAGACCGGAAUAAAUGUUAUCACGGCCGAUCCAGGCAAUGUGAAGCACCUUCUCAAGACCCGUUUUGAGAAUUAUCAUAAGGGCAACUAUUUCAGGCUCCUCCUCAACGAUCUGCUCGGCACCGGAACUUUCAACACAGACGGCGCUCCCUGGAAAUUGCAGAGGCGAGUGGCCAGUUACGAGUUCAGCACCAACUCUUUGCGCGACUUCAUUGCGGAGAGCGUGCAUAGCGAGAUCACCAAUCGCCUUCUGCCACGGCUCAGAAAAGUUGCUGCCACCAACCAGCGGGGGGAGAAUCGGCUGGAUAUGCAGGACGUCUUCAAGCGAUUUGCCUUCGACAACAUAUGUCAGGUGGCGUUCGGCAUGGACCCCGCUUGCCUCGACAUUUCUCUACCUCUCUCAGAAUUCGCAGAGGCCUUUGAUGUCGCCACGAAUUUGAGCCUGAAAAGAUUCACGGAUCCCCUGCCCUACCUGUGGAUGCUCAAGCGCUUCUUCAACGUCGGCUUACGCCAGGCAAUCCACUUCAUUCAUAACUUCGCGCAAGACAUAAUCGAGGCGAGGAAGAAAGAAGUCUCUCCAUCCCAGGGAUCAUGGCGUCAAGAUCUCCUGUCCAGAUUUCUUCUCCUCCACGAGAGUGCUGUCGCUGCAGCAGGAAAGGCUUCGUAUGAUGUUUUCCUCAGAGAUAUUGUCAUAAGUUUUAUCUUGGCGGGCAGGGACACACCGUCUUCUGCGCUUACCUGGUUCUUUUGGCUCCUCUCUUCUCAUCCCCGAAUCGAAAAGAACAUUUAUGUAGAAAUUACCCGUAUUAUUGCUGCCAGAGAAGAGAACAGUUACUGUUUCUCUUACGAGGAAUUGAAGAAAAUGCAAUACCUGCAGGGCGCUCUGUGUGAAUCGAUGAGGUUAUACCCGCCUGUUCCUUCUGACACGAAACAGGCAUUGCAAGACGAUGUGCUGCCGGAUGGGACAGUGGUAAGGAAAGGGAUGCGGGUGAUAUACCACCCUUAUGCGAUGGGAAGGAUGAAAAGCAUCUGGGGCACCGACUGUUUGGAAUUCAAGCCAGAGAGAUGGCUCAGCAAGACGGAGAAGGGGUCAGAAGUAUUUGUGGCGCACAACGCAUUCAAAUAUCCAGUGUUCCAGGCUGGGCCAAGAGUUUGCUUGGGGAAAGAGAUGGCGUUUAUUCAGAUGAAGAGCAUCGCUGCGAAUAUUAUCGAGGAGUUCAGUCUGGAGGUAGAUCGCGAAUGGAAUCCGAGGUACGUUGCCAUGAUCACGGCUAAAAUGGAGAACGGGCUUCCCGUACGCGUUGUAAAAAGACGAAACCCAACCCCGUGA